CGUCUUCCAGGGUCCCAUCGACAACGACGUGGUGGUUCACGUGGCGCUGAUAGCCGAGAGCCAGAGAUUGCAGGUGUUUCUGAAUACUUACGGCAUCCAGACUCAGACGCCGCAGCAGGUGGAGCCCAUUCAGAUCUGGCCUCAGAAGGAACUUGUGAAGGCGUACCGUUUCCUGGCCGUCAAUAAGAAGCUGGGCCUAAGUGGGCGUCCAGAUCGACCCGUGGGCUGCAUCGGCACCUCCAAGAUUUAUCGCAUCCUCGGCAAGACGGUGGUGUGCUACCCGAUCGUCUUUGAUGUGAGCGACUUCUACCUGUCCCAGGAUGUGAUGCUGCUGAUUGACGACAUCAAGAACGCCUUGCAGUUCAUCAAGCAGUGUUGGAAGAUGCAAGGCCGGCCUCUCUUCCUGGUCCUCAUCCACGAGGACAACAUCAAGGGGAGCCGCUUCAAUCCGGUCCUGGACAUGCUGGCUUCCUUCAAGAAGGGCAGCAUUGGGGGGGUCAAAGUUCACGUGGACAGACUCCAGACGUUGAUAUCAGGAGCCGUGGUGGAGCAGCUGGACUUCCUGCGGGUCAACGAGGCCGAGAUCCCGGAGUUCAGGAGCUUCGAGGAGCUGGAGAUGCCCAAACACUCCAAGGUGAAGCGUCAGACCAGCACGCCCAACGCCUCCGACCUGGAGCAGCAGCCCGAGAUCAGCGUGGACGAGUGGCUGCUCAAGUCCACCCACGAGGUCCUCCAGAAGUUCCACGACUGCAACUGCUUAGCCAGCCAGGCUCAGCUUGCCGGCAUCCUGAUCCAGAGGGAAGGGCCGCACUUUCUGGAUAAAGAUGAGACUUUGAUGGACGAGCUGGAGAGGAUCUACAGGAGAGCUGGCAGCAGGAAGCUUUGGUCCGUUGUCCGUCUGGCUGCCAGUCUGUUAAGUAAGCUAGUGGACAGCCUGGCCCCCAGUAUUACUAGUGUCUUAGUGCAUGGCAAGCAGGUGACCCUGGGCGUGUUCGGCCGCGAGGAGGAAGUGAUCUCCAACCCGCUGUCGCCCGGCGUGAUCCAGGGCAUCAUCUACAGCAAGUGCUGCCCACCAGGGGGCGAGCGCGAGGCGGUCCUGCAGCAGGAGCUGGUCAUCCACAUCGGGUGGAUCAUCUCCAACAACCCCGAGCUCUUCAGCGGCAUGCUCAAGAUCCGAGUCGGGUGGUUGGUGCAGGCCAUGAAGCAGGAACUGAAGGUGCGGGCGGGGGACAUGUGCCCCCAGGACAUCUACCAGCUGUCCCCCAGCGACAUCAAGCAGCUCCUGCUGGACGUCCUGCAGCCUCAGCACGCCCGCAGGUCCUGGCUCCACCGCCGGCAGAUCGACGGCUCCUUGAACCGAACCCCGCUGGGCUUCUACGACCGGGUCUGGCAGAUCCUGGAGAGGACGCCCGGCGGGAUCCUGGUCUCCGGGACGCACCUUCCGCAGCAACCCACGCUGUCGGACAUGACCAUGUACGAGAUGAACUUCUCCCUGCUGGUGGAGGACACGCUGAAGAGCAUCGUCCUGCCCGAGUACAGACAGGUGGUCGUCGAGCUGCUGAUGGUGGUCUCCAUCGUGCUGGAGAGGAACCCCGAGCUGGAGUUCAGCAGCGAGGUGGACCUGGACGCUCUGGUGAAGGACGCCAUGGCCGACUUCCAGAAGGACGACUUGGAGAAGCGGGACAUCAAGCAGGCCUUCUUCAACACGGCCCCGGUGGGCCAGAGGAGCACCUCCAGCUACCUGACCAAGGCCGUCCUGGUCCAGCUGCUCAGGGGCGACGUCAAACCCUGCAAGGACGACCCCUGCUCUGUCAGCUAGCUGCUUAGCUUAGCCGCUAGCUUGAUGGCGCUAGUCGCGCUCAUCCUUCGCCCGGAUUUGAGGCGGAAGCUGUUAGCAUAAACAAGCUACAUGCUAGCGGGCGUGGCGCCAUUUUGUUUCUUGUCUCGUCGUAGCGCCGUUAGCUAAUAAAGCUAGCCUAAAUUUCUCCAAGUCAGUUGGGCCAGUUUAACAUAAAGGAAUUAAAAUAUCGACAAGCUCUUAAAAACCCCAAAACAUAUUUGUUUGUAAACACUGCGACUGCUAGUAGCUAGCGUGAUAAACGCUUGUCGUUUAGCAGCCAUCUUGGAAAGGUACUGAGCUAGCUUCUAAAGGUUUGUUGAUUCUAUCUCAAAAUAAUGUUUUGCCACAUUUUUUUGUCACGAAUCAGCUCCUCCGACUAGCAUUUUUAGUGCCAACGACAAGCUAAAUGCUAGCGGGCGUGGCGCCAUUUUGUUUAUUGUCUCGUCAUAGCACAGUUAGCUAAUAAAGCUAGUCUAUUCAACUCCAAGUUAGUUGGCCUAGUUUAGCAUAAAGAAAUUAAAAUAUCGACAAGCUCUUAAAAACCCAAAAACAUAUUUGUUUGUAAACACUGCGACUGCUAGUAGCUAGCGCGAUAAACGCUUGUCGUUUAGCAGCCAUCUUGGAAAGGUACUGAGCUAGCUUCUAAAGGUUUGUUGAUUCUAUCUCAAAAUAAUGUUUUGCCACAUUUUUUUGUCACGAAUCAGCUCCUCCAACUAGCAUUUUUAGUGGCAAUGACAAGCUAAAUGCUAGCGGGCGUGGCGCCAUUUUGUUUCUUGUCUCGUCGUAGCGCAGUUAGCUAAUAAAGCUAGCCUAAUUAACUCCCGAGUUAGUUUGCCUAGUUUAGCAUAAAGAAAUUAAAAUAUCGACAAGCUCUUAAAAACCUGAAAGAUAUUUUUUUGUAAACACUGAGACUGCUAGUAGCUAGCGCGAUAAACUCUUGCCGCUCCGCAGACAUCUUGGAAAGGUUUUGAACUAGCUUGUAAAUGUUUGUCGAUUCUAUCUGAAAAUAAUGUUCUGCCACAUUUUUUGUCAUGAAUCAGCUCCUCCAACUAGCAUUUUUAGUGGCAACGACAAGCUAAAUGCUAGCGGGCGUGGCGCCAUUUUGUUUCUUGUCUCGUCGUAGCGCAGUUAGCUAAUAAAGCUAGCCUAGUUAACUUCAAGAUAGUUGGCCUAGUUUAGCAUAAAGAAAUUAAAAUAUCUACAUGCACUUAAAAACCCAAAAACAUAUUUUUUUGUAAACACUGAGACUGCUAGUAGCUAGCGCGAUAAACGCUUGUCGUUUAGCAGCCAUCUUGGAAAGGUACUGAGCUAGCUUCUAAAGGUUUGUUGAUUCUAUCUCAAAAUAAUGUUUUGGCACAUUUUUUUGUCACAAAUCAGCUCCUCCAACUAGCAUUUUUAGUGGCAAUGACAAGCUAAAUGCUAACGGGCGUGGCACCAUUUUGUUUCUUGUCUCAUUGUAGCGCAGUUAGCUAAUAAAGCUAGUCUAGUUAACUCCAAGUUAGUUGGCCUAGUUUAGCAUAAAGAAAUUAAAAUAUCGACAAGCACUUAAAAACCCAAAAACAUAUUUUUUUGUAUACAGUGCGACUGCUAGUAGCUAGCGCGAUAAACACUUGUCGUUUAGCAGCCAUCUUGGAAAGGUACUGAGCUAGCUUCUAAAGGUUUGUUGAUUCUAUCUCAAAAUAAUGUUUUGGCACAUUUUUUUGUCACGAAUCAGCUCCUCCGACCAGCAUUUUUCCUACCAACGACAAGAUAAAUGGUAGCGGGCGUGGCGCCAUUUUGUUUCUUGUCUGUAAUCGUAGCGCAGUUAGCUUAUAAAGCUAGUCUAGUUAACUCCAAGAUAGUUGGGCUAGUGUAGCAUAAAGAAAUUUAAAUAUCUACAAGCACUUAAAAACCCCAAAACAUAUAUUUUUUGUAAACACCGAGACUGCUAGUAGCUAGCACGAUAAACGCUUGUUGUUUAGCAGCCAUCUUUGAAAGGUACAGAACUAGCUAGUUUGGUUGAUUAUAUCUCAAAAUAAUGUUCUGCCACAUUUUUUUGGUCAUUAAUCAGCUCCUCCAACUAGCAUUUUUAGUGGCAACGACAAGCUAAAUGCUAGCGGGCGUGGCGCCAUUUGGUUUCUUGUCUCGUCACAGCGCAGUUAGCUAAUAAAGCUAGCCUGGUUUAGUUAGUUGGCAUAGUUUAGCAUAAAGAAAUUAAAAUAUCGACAAGCUCUUAAAAACCCGAAACAUUAUUUUUUGUAAACACUGAGACUGCUAGUAGCUAGCGUGAUAAACGCUUGUCGUUUAGCAGCCAUCUUUGAAAACUACUGCGCUAGCUUCUAAAGGUUUGUUGAUUCUAUCUCAAAAUAAUGUUCUGCCACAUUUUUUGUCAUGAAUCAGCUCCUCCAACUAGCAUUUUUAGUGGCAACGACAAGCUAAAUGCUAACGGGCGUUGCACCAUUUUGUUUCUUGUCUCAUUGUAGCGCAGUUAGCUGAUAAAGCUAGUCUAGUUAACUCCAAGUUAGUUGGCCUAGUUUAGCAUAAAGAAAUUAAAAUAUCGACAAGCUCUUAAAAACCUGAAACAUAUUUUUUUGUAAACACUGAGACUGCUAGUAGUUAGCACGAUAAACUCUUGCCGCUCCGCAGACAUCUUGGGAAGGUUUUGAACUAGCUUGUAAAUGUUUGUCGAUUCUAUCUGAAAAUAAUGUUCUGCCACAUUUUUUGUCAUGAAUCAGCUCCUCCAACUAGCAUUUUUAGUGCCAACGACAAGCUAAAUGCUAGCGGACGUGGCGCCAUUUUGUUUCUUUUCUCGUCAUAGCCCAGUUAGCUAAUAAAGCUAGCCUGGUUAAGUUAGUUGGCCUAGUUUAGCAUAAAGAAAAAUAAAAUAUCGACAAGCCCUUAAAAACCCAAAACAUAUUUUUUUUAAACACUGAGAUUGCUAGUUGCUAGCGCGACAAACUUUUGCCGCUUCGCAGACAUCUUGGAAAGCUUUUGAACUAGCUUCUAAAUUUUUGUUGAUUCUAUCUGAGAAUAAUGUUCUGCCACAAUUUUUUGUCACGAAUCAGCUCCUCCAACUAGCAUUUUUAGUGGCAAUGACAAGCUAAAUGCUAGCGAGCGUGGCGCCAUUUUGUUUCUUGUCUCAUCGUAGCGCCGUAAGCUAAUAAAGCUAGCCUAAAUAACUCCAAGUCAGUUGGCCUAGUUUAGCAUAAAGAAAUGAAAAUAUCUACAAAUACUUAAAAACCCCACAACAUGUUUUUUUUUUGUAAACACUGAGACUGCUAGUAGCUAGCGCGAUAAACGCUUGUCGUUUAGCAGCCAUCUUGGAACGGUACAGAUCUCGAGUUAGCUAGUUCUGUUGAUUAUAGCUCAAAAUAAUGUUCUGCCACAAUUUUUUUUCAUGAAUCAGCUCCUCCGACCAGAAUUUUUACUGGCAACGACAAGAUAAAUGCUAGCGGGCGUGGCGCCAUUUUGUUUCUUGUCUGUAAUCGUAGUGCAGUUAGCUAAUAACGCUAGCCUAGUUAACUCCAAGUUAGUUGGCCUAGUUUAGCAUAAAGAAAUUAAAAUAUCUACAAAUACUUAAAAACCCCAAAACAUUUUUUUUUUGUAAACACUGCGACUGCUAGUAGCUAGUGCCAUAAACGCUUGUCGUUUAGCAGCCAUCUUGGAACGGUACAGAUCUCGAGCUAGCUAGUUCUGUUGAUUCUAUCUCAAAAUAAUGUUCUGCCACAAUUUUUUGUCAUAAAUCAACUCCUCCGACCAGCAUUUUUCCUACCAACGACAAGAUAAAUGGUAGCGGGCGUGGCGCCAAUUUGUUUCUUGUCCGUAAUCGUAGCGCAGUUAGCUAAUGAAGCUAGCCUAAUUAACUCCAAGUUAGUUGCCCUAGUUUCGCAUAAAGAAAUGAAGAUAUCGACAAGCACUUAAAAACUCCUAAACAAAACUUUUUUUUUUUUUAAGCACUGAGACUGCUAGUAGCUAGCAUGAUAAACUCUUGUCGUUUAGCAGCCAUCUUGGAACAGGACUUGAGCUACCUUCUAACGAUUUGUUAAUUAGAGCUCAGAAUAAUAUUCUGCCACAAUUUUUUGUCAUGAAUUAUCUCCUUUCACCAGCAUUUUUACUAGCAACAACAAGCUAAAUGCUAGCAGUUAUUAUUUGACUUUGUAUUUAGUUUGUAGUCGCGCAUUUUGCUGAUGAUUUAGCUUAGCAUAACAAGAAAAUGAUCUGCCCGCAACAAAACACUAUUUUCUGUGAACAUUGAGACCGUUAGCGGCAAAUAGACGUCUUCAAGAUUUUGAACUGUUAGCGACAACAAGCUAAAUGCUAGCAGUCAUGACAGCAGUUUGCAUCUUUUUUGUAGUCGGCAUGUAGCUGAUCGAGCUUGCUAGCCUAGCUUAGCAUAAAGAAAGAAGUGAUUUAUCAAGACUUAUCGUUUUUGUAAACAGUUUUCUGUGAACAUUGGGACUGCUUUAAGCUAUUUUUCGUGGGUCGUUUGAGUGUAUUCUUUCAACAUUGGGCAGCUAUCUUGGAGAGGUCGUGCUAGCUAGCGUGAAAAAUAUUUUUGAUUGUGGCUCAAAAUUCUGUUUAAAAUGACAAUCUAAAACUUGUGAACAUUUCUAGACGUAAAUUAUCUCUCACCAGCAUUUUACCCUACUUAAAACAACUCGCUGUUUUUUUCCCCAAUUUUUUCUUUAAGCUAGCUGCUAUAGCAUCCAAAAUAAUAGCGGACGACAACAUUUUUAGUAGCCAAACUUGCUCAUUUAAAAGACUUAUUGACAUUCAACAUUUUUACGGAGAAGAUGCUAAAUGUGCGAUUGACGUCCCUGUCGUCCGUUCAAGAAGUUUAUGAGCCCCAUUUUGACAAGCUAACUGUUAGCCUGUAGCAUGCUAAUCUCUUAACCUACUCAUUUUGGUGCUUUUGGCGCUGUUAUGUUAGCUCUAACCCUUGACAAGAUUUUAGGUUGAAUUUGUUAGCAACAACGAGCUAAAUGCCGGCACUUUGUUUCUUGUAGCAUCUAAAGUGAUAGCGGACGAUAACGCCUAAGUAGCCAAACUUGCCGAAUUCAACAUUUUCACAGAGAAGAUGCUAAAUGUGCUAUUGACGUCUCCGUCGUCAGUUCAAGAAGUUUAUGAGCCCCAUUUUGACAAGCUAACUGUUAGCCUGUCGCAAGCUAAUCUCGUAACCUACUGAAUUUUGGUGCUGUUGGCGCUGUUAUGUUAGCUCCAACCCUUGACAAGAUUUUAAGUUGAAUUUGUUAGCGACAACGAGCUAAAUGCAAGCAAUUUGUUUCUUGUCUGUAGUUGUGCGUGUAGCGGAUUAGCUUAGCAUAGCAUAAAGAAAGCCCUCAUCCAACGCCACUUAUCUCUCGGAAAAAAACAUUUUCUGUGAACAUUGAGAAUUCUACAAGCUUUUUUUCUGUGCGUCGUUUGAGUGUCUUCUCCCACAUUUUGGCAGCCAUCUUGGGAAGGGCUAGCUAACCUUACAAGCCUAUGUUGACAAUGGUUAAAGAAAACACCUGUUCAAAUGCCUUUUCUGUGACACCUGUGAACAUUUCUCGACGUUAUUCCUCUCUCACCCACAUUUUUCCCGCCAUUUUGUUCCUACUUAAACAAUUUGCUACCCAAAAUUUUAUGCGUCGUCCGACCUCAGCUAGCGCUACGUUAUUUGACGAAUAAUGGACAAAUCAGCAGAAACAGACAAGUAUAUUUUAGUGGAUGUUUGACAUUUUUACGGCCAACGUAAAAAUUAAGGUAAAUGCGCCAUGCUAGCUGUUAGCCUGCAUGCUAGUCAUAAUGCUAAUCCAGUGCAUGCGCGCAAAGCUACAGUGCGUUAGCAUGGUUUACGCACAUGUUAAAAUGUUGAUUGUUUGCUGGGUUUCUGGCGCGUUGUACGUUGUUAGCAUUUUGGUGCUGUUAGCGGAUAGCACCGCCCGUUUUUUGGGUCCGGUUGGCGUUAUUCCGCUGUAAGGUGUACCCCGGUAAAACUGAUUAAAAAUGGUUUCAAGUGUG